CAUACUAAUGUGACGAAUGGAUAAUAAUCUGUCGGUAAAACUUACCAACGGCCAAAAGUCGUUGGUGGAGUAAAUAUUUUUUACCAUCAAAGCUAUUACCGAUUUGCAUAGUUUGUCGAGGAGGAAGGCAUUUAUUGAUGGAUUCAGUGACGGAGAGUUUGAUGAAGCAAAGAAGGAUGAGUGCGAUGUCGUUUUCAGCAGUUACCAGAAAUUCGGAAAUGGUCUGGGGUGAUAUGUGCAAGUCAUAAAACACCGAAGGGGGAGAGCAGAUAGGGUAGAUGCUCCAUAAAUUGUGUCAUCACGUGCUAAAGCUAUAUAACAUAGGUUGGAGAGAAGAGGAGGAGGAGGAGAAGUGAAUCAAUGGAGGGAGUGAGGAAAGGCAUGUGGACCCCUGAGGAAGAUAUUCUCCUUAGGAAAUGCAUUGAGACUUAUGGCCAAGGGAAGUGGCAUCUUGUUCCUCUUAGAGCAGGGCUGAACAGAUGCAGGAAGAGUUGUAGGUUAAGAUGGUUGAAUUAUUUGAAGCCUAAUAUCAAAAGAGGCCAAUUUUCGAAUGCCGAAGUCGAUCUCAUUGUUAGGCUUCACAAGCUCUUAGGCAACAGAUGGUCUCUCAUUGCGGGUAGGCUACCGGGAAGGACAGCGAACGACAUCAAGAACUUCUGGAACAGCCAUAUCGAGAAGAGGGUCGCAGCAGAGGCCUUAACGGGUCGGGCCAGAGGCCAAAAAUCCAUCACCCGCAGCAACAUCUUGCGCCCCCGACCCCGGACCUUCUCAGCCCUACGCCCCGAGACGGGCCUAGUCACCGCGGAUACAUCUCAAAGCCACGACGCAGAUGAGUGCACGAGGUGGUGGAGCAACUUGCUCGAAAUAGCCGCUGAUAACGACGACGACGGCGAGAAGGGAUUAAUGCAUGAUGCUUGCAACAAACAACAAGAUGAAGGUGAUGAUGUAAAGGAGGAUUUCUAUGAUUUCUCCAUUGACGUUGAUAUUUGGAAGCUUCUCAACUUUGGAGAGGAUCAAUGAUUCAUUUCCUUUUAGAUUAAUGUUGAUUAGGGUUUCAAUUUUUCUAAUUCAGGCUAGUGAGCUGCUACGUGAUAAAUUAAACUACUUUGUAUUUUUUAGUUAUUUCCAUCCCAAUAAAUACGAAACAUUUGGUUUUCGUCA